AAUACAUUCUUACAACUAUGUAAGUAUGAAGUUUAAAAUCAAGGCUAAAACGAUAAAAAAAAUAUCUGAUUUGUUUACUACAUCUCUACCAUAUCCGAGCAUGCAUUCAAGGGGAUGCAAACUGGGUACAUUUCCCGUUUUAUUGUAUAGCUAAAAAUUAAUCCAAGUAAUUUAAUAUACUGGAUGGCGAAUUUAAUACUCUACCGGCAUAUUAAAACUAGGAAUUUUAUGGGUAAAUGGUUCGAAGUGAAGGCGUGGUUCCACCGUAUAGAAGGAUUCUCUGAUUAUGAUGCUUGGAAUGAUUUCUCUAAGGUGUACACCAAGAAAUCAGAUGGUGUAGCUGAUGUAUUUGAAACAGGAAGAGUCAAAAAUAGCGAUAACUGCAACAGAAACCAGAGAGGACGCAUAUUGUUUGCAGGUGGACGUCUUCAUCCAGCUAGACUCACAUUGGGAGAUGAUAAUUCUACUUAUACUAUGGCGAUGUAUGUGGUAGCGACCGAUUACGACAAUUAUGCCUUGACUGUGGGUUGUUCUCAUGAAGGAAAGUUAUACGCCAGUGGGACAUGCCUUCCUGAUCCAAUCGUACACGUACUAAGUAGGACGACAAUAUUGCAACCCGGUCAUGCAAGAUACCUGGAUGAUAUCAUUAACAAAACAAUAUGCCACGCGGAUCUU